UUGUGCUUUUGGGUUUUUCAUUUUAUUUUAAAAUGUCUAAUUUUUCUCAAAUGGUUUUUGGUUUUCUUGCUACCAUGGCCUUCAUUACUAUGGUAGAUGCUCAAGGUUGGAUCGAUGCUCAUGCAACAUUUUAUGUCGAUUCUCAGAAGGGUGCAUGUGGUUACGAUACAAUAAUCGAAGGAUACGGAGAUAAAACAACAGCUCUAAGUACAGCCCUAUUUAACAAGGGUGCAACUUGUGGGGCCUGUUUCGAAAUCCAAUGUGCAAACUCAAAAUGGUGCAAACCAGGCGCGGGCACAAUUAAAGUCACUGCCACCGACUUCUGUCCACCAUCAACUGGUCCGGCUGCCUGGUGUAAUCCUCCAUUGCAACACUUUGACCUAAGUCAACCCAUGUUUGUCACAAUUGCGGAAUACAAAGCCGGUAUAGUCCCCGUACAAUAUAGGAGAGUUCCGUGUGCUAAGCAAGGAGGUGUCAAGUUUCUAGUAAACGGAAAUCCUAAUUUUCUAUUAGUACUAAUCUUCAACGUUGGAGGUUCUGGAGAUAUUACGGACAUGAAGAUUAAGGGUUCGACCAAUAAUUGGGUACCAAUGUUGCGAAAUUGGGGAAUGAAUUGGCAAGUUGGUGGUACACCUUGGACUAGUGAUCAAUCUUUGUCGUUCCAAGUGACUAUUAGUGAUGGAAAAACAUUGGAGCUUGAUGGUGUUGUGCCACCAAAUUGGCAAUUUGGUCAGACAUUUGAAGGAAAGUCUAAUUUUUAA